UAUAUUGUUUCUAAAUUUUUGUCUCCAGAGUGUUUAAUAAUGCAAUUAGUUACUUUAUUAAGAUAUAAAGUAAGUUAAACUUACUUAUUAGGCUCUAGUAAAUAUAUAAAUAUACGAAUUCCUUGAAGUUAAUCGAGUUUCAUAGACUUAGCAGCCAUCGGCAAAAAGAGCUAUGGCAAAAGGUCCAUCUGUGUCCAGCGAAAACCUCAAUAUAUUUAAUAGAUCCUGCUGGGAUAUCUCUCAGAGCAACUCGAAUAAGAUCUUAACGGGGAAUAAAGCUCUGGACAGACAUUUUGGAGGUGGAAUAUCCUUGGGUCAUAUUGUAGAGCUGAUUGGCAAUUCGGGUACUGGGAAAACCCAAAUGUGUUUGCAAUUGUGCCUGAAUGUUCAAAUUCCCAAGGCUGUUGGCGGCUUGGAAGGAAGUGCUUUGUUCAUUGACUCUCGACAAGAUUUUCAUCCGGACAGAUUGCUAGGUUUAGCUCAGAUACUGGAGAGGCAAUAUGAGCACAAAGUACCUGAAUUUAAAGCCCUCAAAAUGCUGCAAAAAAUCUACCAUGUCAGAUGUCCCAAUGUGGUUCAGUUAAUGGCCACCGUUUUGAGCUGUCAUCGGCAUCUUGGAGAUCAUCCAGAUAUUAAGCUGAUUGUAAUCGACUCCCUGGCAUUUUCUCUGCGAAUGCUCGAAGAUGGCGCCCGGCGUUACGAGUUGCUUUUGGAACUGCAUGAAAGUAUGAGGAGACUGCAACGUCAACACGAAUUGGCAUGGGUCGUCACCAAUGUGCUCACGCAUCGCUGCGUCAAGGAUCAGUUCCGCGUGGAGCCCGCCUUGGGGUACCAGCAUUCGCACCUGAUCAAUGAGCGCAUCUGGUUUUCGUCCAGCUCUGAUCUUCACUUGGGCAAGUCGUGGAGAACAAGUAGAUUAAUUGAGGAAUCUGAUUGAGACUGCAUUGGCUUGGCUUGUUAUUUUCUCAGCUUCACUUUUACUUUUUUUCGGUUUAAAGAAUUUAGUUUAAUUACUCGAAGGUAAUAGUAAUAUUAAAAGAAUGAGCUUCUCAAGUCCUAGUUUUAAGAAUUGUGUAAUUAAUUAAUUAUUAAUUAUUAGUUAUAUUAUGUAUUAAGUUUCUUCUUAUAUAAUGUGUUAAAUAAUUGUAAUUUUAAGGUUUGUAGUUAGAGAUAAAACUGUAUUUUGAAAUACAAUUUGUUUAAAUACA